AUGGAGGACGCGGAGGCUAUCGCGGUGAAGACUGAGGCUGAGUUGGAGAGGGAACUAGCCUGCGACGAUGAGGAGGCGCCGUUCACAACCACGACGAAGAACGCGCUGAUAACGACCCAGCUAAAUCCAUGCGACGUCUAUCCGCAUCGAGUGAAGGUGUCGAUCGUCGGCGUAGGAAAGGUUGGGAUCGCCUGCGCGAUCGCGAUCCUGAUGAGAAGGAUGGCUAGCGAGGUCUGCUUGAUCGACCACGACGCGAACAAGGCUUCCGCCGAGGCCGAGGAUAUUCAACACGUCGGUGUCUUUUUAGGAUGUCCUUUGGUAACUGGCACGUCAGAUUUUAGCAUGCUGCAGGAGUCGGCAGUGGUGAUCAUCAGUACGUGUGAAACUGAGCCUGGAGAAUCACCGAAUCUCAAACAUAAUCUGAGAGUGUUCAGAAAGCUGAUUCCUGUCGUGGCGAAAUUCGCCUGCAAGUCUGUGCUGCUAAUCGUCACUCAACCGACCGAAGUUAUGUCGUACAUCGCCUGGAAAUUGUCCGGAUUCCCUUCGAAUCGUGUUCUCGGCGUCGGUACCUUGAUCGACUGCGCUAGAUUCCAGGAUUUCGUGAGCAGAAGGCUGAAUAUGGCGCGUAGUUCUAUUAGCUGCAUGGUGGUUGGUGCUCAAGGAGACAUGGCUGUUCCUAUAUGGUCCAGUAUUCACGUGGGAGGCAUGAAACUUCGGGAGAUAAAUCCUAGGAUAGGGGAACAGGACGACCCUGAGAAGUGGUUCGAAAUCGCGGAGAACGUGAAGAACAUUGGCAAGGAGCUGGAGCAGAAGAAGGGAUCAAGUUGUUGGGGUGUAGCUGUCGCUACAGCUGAGAUCGUCGAUGCCAUUGUUAGGAACACUAAAGUCGUGCUUCCUGCCUCGACACAUAUUCUAAGCUGCGCCCACGGGACAGACAAGGACGUGUACAUGUCUGUACCCUGCGUGCUUGGCCGUGAGGGUGUGUACUGCACCGUGCGACAGAAGCUGACCGAACAGGAGAAGACCGCCGUACAAGCGUGCGCCGACAACAUUCGAAGCGUGCUCAGGGAGUGUGGCAUCCUCUCGCAGGAGACGAACAACGAUAUCGAGCUCUGA